UGUCACUUAACUUGCCCAACCCCUAUCCCUAGGUGUUUAGACCAGAUUGAGCUGUUGUCAUUUUGAAGAUAUUUUUCCACUCUUUUUUCUAUUCGGUGUCCAAAAAGAAGUGAAAGAACCUUUUGGAACCGAUUGUCGGUGGUUUCAGUGGUGACCAGGGUUCAGCGACAUCGAGUGCCAGUGGCCCCCGUAUCGUUUGGACGGUGCCGAGCCAGCUAACCGAAAACACACGACCAAUCCGUGCACCGGGCUGACCUGUGCGAAAAAUAUCAACGACCGAACCACCGAUCGAAAAAGCAAAACACCGACACCUUCCCGACAUACGAUGGCUUCCCGUGGUGGACCGAUGGUCUUGGGGACAGAUGGAACCGACUUCGAGCACAGACAGCGCGUGGCCGCACACUACCAAAUCAGCGCCCUCAACAAAUCACGGUUAAAGUACUGCAUUUUCUUCCACUAUCUACUCUUCUUCGUGAUGCUGAUCAAACUAUCCGCCGACAUCCUGGACCGGCUCGAUAUCUUCAUACUGGAAAUCGAAGAACUGCAAAUACCACCUCCGCUCUGGUGGGAAUACUUCUGGUGCCUGUCCGUCUUUCUGUCCUUCAUUGGUUUGGCCGCCGCACGUGGUAAUCGUGUGAACGAUAUGAAAAAGUAUAUGGUUGGUAUAAGCACGAUCGCGUUCGUGCCGCUUCUUUACUGUAUCUUCUACUAUCUGAACGAUGUGCUCGAGUAUCUCAGCCUGGAGGAAGGUACCGAUCUAGAUGAUACCGAUAUAUUCGUCUGGCAGGUAAUUGGCUAUCCGUACGGGUUGCUGUGGUACGGUUUCGUGCUAAUGGCCUUCCAGGUGCACUUUUUCUCGCUGUUCUUUGCCUGGAACCUGAUCAAAGCCUGGAGAGCACGUGGCGCACUCAAGAAGGGCCAGUAAAGGAAUCAUACACUCUAUCCCAUAUCUUACCAAAUCCGUCAUCCGGUGUGCGAUACAAUCGACAAAGCUCUGCGGCACUCUCUCUCUCUCCCUCUCUCAACACUCAAACCUUACAACGCACCACCAGUCAGAACCACCUCGAUCUGAAUCCUGUUCGCGAAAACACCGUACGCGCGCUUUGCUCAAUUAAAAACUAAACUAACGAAGGGAAGGAUGGAUAAGCUCCACAAAAAUGGGAACGAAGAAAUAACCACCCCGUUCGACAAAGACAAUAUACUUAGUGCGCGAACACUGUAGCACACUGUUCGCUGUUGAUGUAAAUGGUAGAUAUUUUGUUUUGUUUGUUUCUCCCUUACUGUUGCUUCAUCUGUUAGCAUGUGUAAUUAACACAACAAAUUGCGAGCUAAACGAUUAACUUUAUGCAUGGUAUGGCGUGAUAGCUCUUACAAAUGCUAACAGCAAACGAUUGAAACGCCUGCCCCGAAAGCCAUUGGCCGUGUGAGCAAACCGAUACUGGCACUGGUAAUAUGGUUUGAGAUUGUUUUUUUUGUUUACUAGUUGUUUAAGUAGGGAAUUUACAGGAAAUAGUUUUCAAAUUUUGCUUCCAAUCAGUAGCUGUACGUUGUGAAAGAUCUAACAGAACUGUCCAUCUAUUUACGCUGUUGUAGAUAAAUCUUCUGAAUGUGUCUAGUGUUCCCCAUACAGACGACCGUUUUAUAAAUGAAUUGUACUUUAGCCAUUUGCAAACAGCCUAAACAAUGUACCGACCGUACGACACAGAAUGAAUUGUGUACUAUACAUUACUCACUUAUCAAUAACGACUGCAGUGUUAUCACCAAAGUGAGAGACGAAGCAAAUAACUGGCUGGUCAGAACAACACUCAGGACGAUCGUUUGAACUGCGUGGAAACGGAACUGGAACUGGUUCGAUCGAUUCUAUUGUGUUAAAAAGGAAACCAUCGAUUGCAUUAGGUUUUGCCAACUGCCUCGUAUCCUGGAAAAUGAAGAAUGAUGUUUGUAUUCGGCACUGAGAUUUGGAUAAACGUUUACAUAUGUUUUUGUAGCUUUUAUUUUCCUAUGAUUUAGCAUUGCACACUGCUACAACAAUGAACGAACAAUACGUGAGGGAUUGAUUUUGUUUUUUUGUUUUGCAAUUUACUAUAUUACUUUCGAUUGAUUUUGCUGGUUUUGUACGCGAAACAGACGGUGGUCAUGAUAUUAAAAUGGAUUGUACGAACGGAAACAAAACGAUAAAGAAACACAAAAAUACAGAAAAAAAACACGAAAGGACUGUUAAGAUGACAUAUUUUUUAGUAGAAAACAUAACAAAAACCCGUGUAAACGUUAUCGACAACUGUUCUUAUGAAGUUUGUAGAGAAAUUGAACUGUGCUUAAGAGUAUAUUGAAUAAACUGGUUUACUUAAAACGA